AUGUCGGCCGGGGGCGAACACCUCAAAGAUGAAGGCACCAAGCGCCAGGUCGUGCUGGCCGGGGGAAUUGCAGGGCUGAUAUCACGCUUCUGUAUUGCGCCGCUGGACGUCGUAAAGAUCAGGUUGCAAUUGCAAAUCCACUCGUUGUCAGACCCUGCCUCCCAUCUCAGUGUCAAGGGGCCUAUCUAUAAGGGCACGUUGUCCACCAUGCGCACGAUUAUGAAGCAAGAGGGAAUCACUAGCCUCUGGAAGGGCAAUAUUCCUGCCGAAAUGAUGUAUGUCUGCUACGGCGCGACGCAAUUCACCGCGUAUCGGGGAACAACCCAGGCCCUCGCUCAACUCGGCUCCUACCGACUCCCUCAACCCGUCGAAUCCUUCAUCUCCGGAGCAGUGGCAGGCGGGUGUGCCACAGGAGUAACGUACCCACUUGACCUCCUCCGCACCCGAUUCGCCGCACAAGGCCCGGACCGCGUGUAUCGCUCGCUACGCGCCUCAGUUGUGGAGAUUGCCCGACAUGAGGGCAUACCUGGAUUCUACCGUGGAUUUUCUGCCGCCGUGGCGCAAAUUGUGCCAUACAUGGGGCUCUUUUUCACAACAUAUGAGGCGCUUAGGCCAGUUAUGACCUGGGACGCUCUGCCGUUGGGUACAGGGGAUGCCGCAGCCGGCGUGGUGGCCAGUGUACUAGCUAAGACGGGUGUGUUCCCGCUUGACCUAGUGCGUAAGCGCUUGCAGGUACAGGGCCCAACAAGGACGCGGUACGUUCAUCGCAAUAUCCCAGAGUACAAGGGCGUUCUCCAAAGUAUUGCCAUGAUUCUUCGCACACAGGGCGUGCGUGGUUUGUACCGCGGCUUGACAGUCAGUUUACUCAAGGCGGCGCCGGCAAGUGCGGUAACAAUGUGGACCUAUGAGCAUGCGCUGAAAGUCCUUCGGGAGCUCAACGUCGGAGCUGAGAGUUGA